AUGAACGUUGACCCGAAAGAAACCUUCCGCAGCAACCAGAACAACAUGGAGCAUGACAUCGACGGCGGAAAACCGAGUGUUCGCGGCAACAGUGAUCUGCACGGUGACAUGAUGCAUGAGGGCUACGGAAAGAUCAUCCAAAGCCGCCAGGUUUCUUUCCUUUUUUGAUUCAAAGUGUUCCAGCAAUUGAUAAGAAAAAAUCUAUAAGUUUAUUUUAGACAUGUUUUUUGAUUGGAAAAGGGAAAACCCUAAAGAGAUGUCUCAAAGGGAAUGAAGAAAGGCAUAACAAUUCCUGGACUCAGAACAGACGGAUUAUAAUGAUUGACCAAUCUAGCAAUGAUGAGAGAAUUUGAGAAGAGUUGUACUUUUUUUCUCUGUCAACAGUGUCCAAUUUGCUUUUUGUAGUCUCUCAGUCUUGUUAUAAAUGAAAGCUAAGAUUCAUAAAAUAUGUUUUUAGGCAAACGACGAUUCUGAUUGGGAAGGAAUGAUGAAGAACAAGGAUAUGGAGAUGAAUCGAAUGCACCAAAGCAGGGUGAAUGAGGUCGAUGACGGUUGUAACGAGAGCGUCCGCAUGGAAAAUCAUUUUGGCCAUUAA